GACCCCCGGGGAAGUGCUCCGCCGGGCACCACCGGGCGGGGACCCCGCUAGGGCGAACCCUGCCCGGGGGAGGGCAGCAGCCCCUCCGCACGGCAGGGAGCGGGAUGCGGACGGGCGGCCCCGGUCGCCCCUCAGCCGCCGCGGGCUCCGGGCGGGCGGCCCCUCCCCGGCCUCCCCGCCCCUGCCCCGCAUUGGCUGCGGGCGGCUGACGGGCAGCGGGGGCGGCCCCUGCCAGCCGGCGGCGGAGGGGAAUGCCCGCACUGGGGGUCCGGCCGCGCCGAGCCCAGCCGCGCCGAGGGGUGCCGAGCCCAGCCGCGCCGCGCCAGUGCCGCCAUGGGGGUGGAGAUCGAGACCAUCUCUCCGGGAGACGGACGGACAUUUCCAAAGAAGGGUCAGACGUGUGUGGUGCACUACACAGGAAUGUUACAGAACGGAAAGAAGUUUGAUUCCUCCAGAGACAGAAACAAGCCUUUCAGGUUCAAGAUUGGCAGGCAAGAAGUCAUUAAAGGAUUCGAAGAAGGUGUUACACAGAUGAGCUUAGGACAAAGAGCAAAGCUGACCUGCACACCUGAGAUGGCCUAUGGAGCCACAGGCCACCCUGGGGUCAUCCCUCCCAACGCUACCCUCCUCUUCGACGUGGAGCUUCUCAGGUUAGAGUGAAUCUUCUCCAGGAGACAUCUGUUAAUAACCAUCCGUUCCUUCUCGCCUUGUCAGCAGCGGGAGAAAUCUUCACUGGAAUCCCAAUCUUCCCUGCUCACGCUGUCCUGUCAAUAGCGCCUGCCGUGCGGUUUCUUCCUUACGCCUUCCUUCUCUUUUUUAACUUCGUGGUGUCCGUAUUUGCCUUUUAUUAGAAGCUUUGCUUUGGCAAAAAUAUCUACCGUUGUAACAUUUUCAAGUUGUACAUUUUAUUUAAUUUGCAUGUAAGAAGAAUUCACAGUGACGAUUGAAAAUAUAUAUAAAUAUAAAUACAUAUAUAUAUUCCUUAUUGAAAAACCACUGCCUUACUGUACACUUAAACCAAGAAAAAAAAAAAAAACAAACACAAAAGGUGCUCAAAAAAAAAUAAAAAUCCAAUGUACGCCUUGUACAUGAACGGGCAUUAGCCAACCAGAGUUACCUGCGCUGCCACUUUCCUCAACUUGUACGUUCUGCUUGCUGCUGUUUUAAAAAAUACUGUCUCAUUUACGAAUUAAAAGUAUAUAUAUAAAACAAUAAAAUCUUGAUACUUUA